GCCCCUCCUCUGCGGGAGCCGAGCGCCAAACUCAAAGCGCAAGAUGGCGGCGGAGCUCCUGUUCAACCGCGAGGUGUGCGUGCAGGCGCGGGGCCAGGGCUGCGAGGAGAGGAGAUUAAAUGUUCGAGUGAAUAUUGAGCUGCUGUCAAUUUCUAGCCCUGUUCAUAAAAAGGAUUUGGCUGUGAGACUGACUGAUGAUGCUGAUCCUUUUUUCCUUUAUAACCUUGUCAUAUCUGAGGAAGAUUUUCAAAGUUUAAAAUCCCAGCAAGGUCUCUUGGUGGAUUUCUCUGCUUUCCCACAGAAGUUUAUAGAUCUGCUUCAACAAUGCAUUCAAGAACAGAACAAAGAUAUCCCCAGGUUUUUGCUGCAGUUAGUUUCUUCAGCAUCUGUUCUAGAUCACACACCUGUCUCUUUAAAUGUAGUGGAGACCAACCCUUUCAAACAUCUUACCCAUCUCUCGCUAAAAUUCCUACCAGGAAAUGAUGCAGAAAUAAAGAAAUUUUUAGCCAGCUGCUUGAAGUGCCUGAAGGAGGACAAAAUGACAUUGGAACAAAAGCUUAGGAAAACUGAAGAAGAUUCUACCAGACAACUGAGCUACACUCAACAGAGCUUGUCAGAGAAGAGCCGAGAACUGGACAAACUGAAAAAUGAAUGGACAUCUUACACUGCUGCUCUGACAAGCAAACACACACAAGAGCUGACAGCUGAGAAGGAAAGAGCUCUCCAGGCACAAACUCAGUACCAACAACAGCACGAACAACAGAAAAAGGAAUUGGAAAGUUUGCACCAGAGGAGUAUUCAACAAUUGCAGAACAGACUCUCGGAACUUGAAGUCAUCAAUAAAGAUCUAACAGAAAGGAGAUACAAAGGAGACUCUGCGGUCAGAGAACUGAAAGCAAAGCUCUCUGGAGUUGAAGAUGAAUGUCAAAGAGCCAAGCAGGAGGUGGUGUCACUGCGUCGAGAGAACAGCACUCUGGAUGCUGAAUGUCACGAAAAGGAGAAACUCAUUAACCAGCUACAGACCCGGGUUGCUGUUCUGGAGCAAGAGAUCAAAGACAAAGAUCAACUGGUUAUUAGAACAAAAGAAGUGCUGGAUGCAACACAAGAACAAAAGGCGAUACUGGAGGAGAAUACAGACAAAAAACGAAGUCAUAUUGAAAAGCUUGAGACAACAAUUAAGUCACUGUCAGCUGAACUUCUUAAGGCUAAUGAAAUUAUCAAGAAGUUGCAAGGAGAUUUGAAAACCCUAAUGAGUAAAUUAAAAUUGAAAAAUACAGUAACAAUUCAACAAGAGAAACUAUUAGCAGAAAAAGAAGAGAGACUUCAGAAAGAACAGAGAGAACUGCAGGAGGCUGGACAAUCUCUUCGAAUGAAAGAGGAGGAGGUUUGCAAGUUACAAGAACAGCUGGAAACUACAAUGCAGAAACUGGAAGAAAGUAAGCAGUUAUUAAAAACCAAUGAAAACGUAAUCACAUGGCUAAACAAACAGCUGAAUGAAGUUCAGAUGGUGAAGAAGAUGGAGACUCCCAGCAGCACGCAUGGUGGCGUUAGGACUGCCCUGUCACCUCACGGCAUGCUUGACCGACCUUCCUUUCCCAGCUCAGGAAUCACUCAUCCCAUCUCUCCCUUCUACGCCUUCCAGAAGCUGGCAGAACCAGCGCGUAACAAAAACACCAGCCCCCACUGCCCAGUCCCAAAGAUCCAAUUUAACUCACAGGUCUCAAAAAUAGAUCAGCAUUCAGACGUUCAGGCAGUGACUGCAGCAACUGGCCAUCCAGCAAAUAAGGAAAAUGGCAAUAACUUGGGGCUGGAAUCCAAGUAUUUCAAGAAAAAAGAAGACAGCAUUCCUUUACGAGGGCUUAGUCAAAACACACUUAACUCAGAGUACUUGAAACCCUACUUACCCAAAGUCCAGCCAUCACCACCAGCCGCAGUGACAACAGCCUCAGCUUAUUUUCCAGGAUAGUAGCCAGGGAUAUUAAGAAUUGUCUUUUAACUGUUUGGGGGAUAUGAAGAUGUCCUACACUGACAUUAGUAAAGGUAUCAGCGUGAACUGACAGUUUUAUCUGAAUCCAUUUUCUUUGAGAAAGACACCUUAUUUGGAUGCCUUUUCAGCUGAUUCAGAAAAGACAGAGCUUUAAGCAGCCUCAACCUUAAUGGUAACACCACUGCACUUCAGUCACUGAAUUAAGUGCUGGAUUUUUUCCUGGUCUGUAUUGUUCCAGAAAACCCAAGUAAGUGGCACUGGCUUUUUUUGCUAUAGUAUUUAACAAGUGUGACUCUAACCAAGUGUAUUCUCUGGUAUUCCCUGAUAGGAAACAUGAUUCCUUAUAAGCUUUCCUCUAGGUCUUUCACAGAAAUGAUGUUGCAGAUAGUUUUCCAGCACUUUCUGGGCUAUGUUUAUUUUAAUAACAGCCAAGCUUGUGAGUUAGCACAACCCCUUCUUCUCUAGCAGUUUUAAUUUUGAAACCUUGCUAAUUUGAAUUGCAUAUAAAUUUAUAAAUACUGCAAUGGAAGAUCCUAAAUGAUUUAUACCUUCGGUGAAAACAAAGGUUUAAGGAUCUCAGCCUGGGUUGCCCUAACUUCUUACCCAUCUGCCACUAUUACAUUUCUAACAACCAAGCAUUAAAUACUGUAAGCCAAUGUAUCUGAA